UAAUUUAUAUUUUAUGAAAAAUUGACUAGAUAAUACUAAGCAAGGAAGCAGGAUCUGGAGAAGAAUGGCACUGCGUUUCAGAGUUUGUAAUAACAUAAGCUUUAGCUUACCAACCACAACAUUAUCCAUUUCUUCCAAAGUAACCCAAUUCCGUACCUUAAACUCUCCUCCUCCAAUAACAAUCUGUUCCUCUGUUCGAGCUAUGGGUUCCUCUGCUUCUUCCCCCAAACCAGACAAUCUCCAAGAUGCAGGGAAGGCUAAAUACGCCUCUAUAAAUGAAGAUGAAUGGAAGACAAGGCUUACACCUCAACAAUUUUACGUAACGCGUCAAAAGGGCACCGAAAGGGCUUUCACUGGGGAAUACUAUAACACCAAAACCCCUGGAACAUAUCAUUGUAUAUGUUGUGAUACACCUCUCUUUGGGUCAUCGACUAAAUUUGACAGUGGAACUGGUUGGCCAUCGUAUUAUCAGCCUAUAGGAAAUAAUGUUAGGUCAAAGUUGGAUUUGUCGAUCAUUUUCAUGCCUCGUACAGAAGUCAUUUGUGCUGCUUGCGAUGCUCAUUUAGGUCACGUCUUUGAUGAUGGUCCGCAACCAACUGGAAAACGCUAUUGUAUCAACAGUGCUGCUUUGAAACUGAAACCCGAGGGAGAGACUUUUUGAACGAGUCACCUGUUUGUAUUGUAAAGCUAUAAAUCUGAUGCACUCAUCUGUUCGUUAGAAUUCUGUAAAAUUAUAGAUCCUCCAAACAUACUGCUUAUAGCACAGUACAAGAUUUGAAUACAUAAAUAGCAUAAACCUGUGUAUUGAUUUCAAACUUAACUGAAUAGUUUGUUUCAAUAAUAAGGUCAAUCAGUACAUUGUUUGUUUAA